CUGUCCAGGGGUGAAACCAACAACCAACAACAAUCACCUUUGUGUCAACAACAAACAACACAGUUCAAGCAACGCCAACUACUCAACUACUCAGAGCCCAAACAGAAAAGCCUCGUUCAUUUCGAGUAAGUAGGCCGACAUCCUUACACGAAACCCGCCCCUCAACCGCACCAUAACAAUUCUGCGAGCCAAUCUGAUUGUUUGAAGAACACCAUGGCGUCGUCGGCCUCAUCCUCGGAUGAAAUGGUCUUUGCCGCCGAAAAGAUCACCAAGAAACGUCUGCGGAAAUCCAAGACCGAAUAUCUCGUCAAAUGGAAAGGCUGGAGUCCCAAGUAUUCGACAUGGGAGCCUGAGGAGAACAUACUGGACGCGCGGCUCAUAGAUCAGUAUGAAAAGCGUUUGGCUAACCAUGCCACACCCCAUGGCACAGACACCCAUGUCGGCGGAUCAAGUGGCGAUACCCCGGCGGAUGUUCAGGCCCACAAGCGUGCAGCCAAGGCCAAAGCUAAGAAAGAAAAAGACAAACUGAAAAAAACGUCCAUCGCUAAGGAAGGAUCCGAGACGCGGAGCUCGAAUGCCACCGCAAGUGGACCCAAAGCCCCCGCAUUUCUCCUACCCACGCUCAGUGGCCGCACACCUAAAGUCGCCUCGCGGUAUGAAGACAAGCCCAACGAGCGGAAGAUCAAGACCGAACCACCACCCACCUCUAAGGAGGUAGACAGUACAACGCCUCAUCCGAAUUCUGCCGAAAAGAGAGUAACCGGGAAACAAGAUUUCAUCGCGAAAAAGACUGAAUCACCCGCGUCCUCUAUGGCCAACGACAUCUCUGCCUCUGUCGAUGCCAAAUUCGAUCAAUCAGCAUCAGAUUUGGAGCGCGAUCUAAAGCUACUUCCCGCUAAAAAUGGCCCGGCGGCCGAAGAGGCCACCAAGACUGAACCACCGACCCCUCCCGCCCCUUCGACUCCAGCGCCUCCAUUGUCAAACACCCCUAAACGCCCGCCACUCAAACGCAAAUGGGGUGAAAAAAAGCCCGCGGAGAGCCGUAAGGGAGUUGUCCAUCCCAGUAAGGUUUUGAUUCCUAAAACCAAGGGCAACCCAGAGCGAAAGCUCAAACCUGACUCGCCUCAAUCAGAUGCGGGCAUAUCAACCGGAGAUCAGUCCGAGGACGACGAGGAUGACGAAGGGGAAGCCACUAUCGAGCUUACAGAAUGGAUUCCACCAGACUCGUGGGCCUUUUUGAAUAAAGUGGUCGUCACUGAUGUCACCGUGGAUGAUUUGACCGUGACUAUGCGGGAAUGUCGCACACCUGAAGGGUUCUUUAACCACACCUUGAGCCCAUUUGCAGACAAGGUUCGUCCUCUGGUGAAUGAUAAAACUUGCGCUUAAUGAAGACCUCUCUCCCUCUCUCCCUGUUUCUCUUAUGGCAUUAUGUUCUACUUCUUUUUGUACCAACAGUUUUCGUCUGAUCUGACCUUAUUUUUUAAAACAGCUCUCAUAACAAUAUUAUAUGUCAAAACAUGGAAAGUUCCGUUUAUGAUCA